AUGGCGAUGUCAAAAGGAUUUAAAGUGCUCGAGAAAUCGGCUCCUCCGAAUCCUUACAGUAUUAUCUUACAGCAUAGAAAUAAAGAUUCAGCCUUAUUAUUUGAAUCUCAAGCUGUUGUUUCUUUGUCAUCACAAGAGACAGACACCCUACGAAAACAGUAUCAUAAGAUCGCUGAUGCCUAUGGAUGUCUAGGAGUGCUACAAUUAAAUUCUGGCGAAAGUUGUAUGCUGUAUCUGGUUCUUGUAACAGGUUGCAGUUCUGUGGGAAAAGUGGGCGAUACUGAAGUCUUUAAAAUAACCCAAUCACAGUUUUUACCACUAUUUUAUCAAUCACAAGGAGAAGAUAAAGUGAGUGAAGUGAGGAAACUUUUAAACUCAGGGACAUUCUAUUUUUCUUGGAAUACUGGGAAAACGACAGACAAUUUAUUUGAUCUUACUCUCUGCGCUCAAAGAAAAGGUAAGGGAGCCAGCCAUGAUAACAGAUUCUUCUGGAAUAGAACUUUGUUUAUUCAUUUAAUUAGAUUUGGAAUCGAUUGUGAAGAUUGGCUUACCAGAGCCAUGUGUGGCUCUGUUGAAAUACGCACUAUAUAUGUAGGACACCGUUUGGCUAGGGCUGUUUUGAUUUCUCGACUCAGCUGUGAAAGAGCAGGUACAAGAUUUAAUGUUCGGGGAUGUAAUGAUGAUGGAAAUGUUGCCAACUUUGUUGAAACUGAACAAGCAAUUUAUGUUGAUGAUUCAGUAUCAUCUUAUAUUCAAACCAGAGGUUCUGUUCCUCUUUUUUGGGAACAACCUGGUAUCCAAGUCGGAUCUCAUAAGGUGAAAAUGUCUAGAGGGUAUGAUGCUUCAACUAGUGCAUGUGAGAGGCAUUUUUCACAGUUAAAACGUAAUUAUGGAUCUAUCUAUGUGGUUAAUCUUCUUGGUUCGAGCAUGAUAGGUGGUUCUGAAGGGGAAGCAACCCUUAGUAAUGCCUUUCAAAAACACCUAAAUGACUCGGCACACAAUGAUGUCAUACAGAUAAUAUUUGAUUAUCAUCAAGAAGUGAGAGGUUCAUCAAUUGAGUCAGCUUUAGGAAAAUUUAAAAAGGUAGUUGACAAAUACUAUGAUAGUAUAAGCAUAUUCAGUGCUAAAAAUAUUGAUAUCUACAACAUUCAGAAGGGUGUAAUAAGAACUAAUUGCUUAGAUUGCUUGGACAGAACUAAUUCUAUACAGACAUUUAUCGGAAUUGAAAUGCUGUCAAUACAACUGAUGUUGCUCCAAUGUAUUGAUAAAAAGCAAAAUGUAAAUAGAUUUGAGGAGGUAUUUAAACAAAUGUGGAUAAAUAAUGGUAAUGAGAUAUCAAAAAUAUAUGCUGGUACUGGAGCUAUACAAGGGGGCUCAAAAUUAAUAGAUGGGGCAAGAUCGGCAGCUCGAACUAUACAAAAUAAUUUACUUGAUAACUCAAAACAAGAAGCUAUUGAUAUCUUGCUGUUAGGGUCUACAUUAAACUCUGAGCUUUCUGAUAGAACUAGAAUAUUACUACCUACAAAUAUUUUACACACAUCUACCCCUGUACUUAGAGAGAUGUGUCGAAGAGCUAAUGAGUUUACACAACCAACAAAUAUUCGCAUUACUAUUGGAACAUACAAUGUGAAUGGUGGUAAGCACUUUAGGAGCUUGGCCUACAAAGAUGUCUCAUUAGCUGAUUGGUUAUUGGACUGCCCAAAUUCAGCAUUAGUGAACACUGUUAAUUUAAAAGACCACCCAUCAGAUAUUUUUGCUAUAGGAUUUCAAGAAAUAGUUGAUUUGAAUGCCAGUAAUAUUAUGGCUGCUAGUUCAGAUAAUGCUAAAGCUUGGAGUGAAGAAUUAGAAAAGGUGUUAUGCAGAGAUGCCUCUUAUACUCUACUCUCUAGUCAUCAAUUAGUAGGAGUUUGUUUGUUUGUUUUUGUUAGGAAAGAUUUAGUGCCCCACAUUAGAGAUGUUGCACUGGAUUCAGUUAAAACUGGUCUUGGAGGAGCCACUGGCAAUAAAGGUGCAGUCGCUAUUCGACUGGUUAUAUAUGGAACAUCCCUUUGUUUUGUGUGUGCCCACUUUGCUGCCGGACAAUCGCAAGUGUCUGAACGAAAUGCUGAUUACACUGAGAUAACUAGAAAAAUUGCAUUUCCUAUGGGGAGAUCAUUAUACUCACAUGAUUUCGUAUUUUGGUGUGGUGAUUUCAACUAUCGUAUUGAUUUAGAUAAAGAAGAAACACGUUUACUGGCGUCACAAAACAAUAUUCAAAGACUACAGGAGCAAGAUCAGCUAACGCGCCAAAAAUCUCAAGGCCUAGUUUUUAAGAAUUGUUUCGAAGGCGAUAUUACUUUUCUUCCAACAUACAAGUACGAUUUAUUUAGCGAUGAUUAUGAUACCAGUGAAAAAUGCCGAGCCCCCGCUUGGACUGAUAGAGUAUUAUGGAGAAGCAGAAAAUACACAAUUGACCCUGAAACAACUUCUGAAUCCGCUAAAGGAAAGUUAUUACAUUAUGGACGAGCUGAACUUAAACAAAGCGAUCAUAGACCAGUAAUUGCUAUUUUAGAAAUAGAAGUCCUGCAAGUUAGUUACACAAAAUGUAUGGAAGUUUUUUACGAAGUAGUAAAAGACCUUGGCCCCCCCGAUGCGUGUAUCAUAGUACAACCAGUCGAAGAUAUAGAUAGCGAAGACUCUAUUUUCGAUGAUAAUUUGAUGUCUACAAUUUUACAAGAACUAGCUACCUACGGAGAAGUCACAUUAGUACGUUUCAUAGAUGACCACACGUUAAGCAUUACAUUUAGAGACGGUCAAAAUGCGCUAGCAGCAUCUCAAAAAGGUACAAUUUCGUCUUCUUCGAUACCGUUACGCGUUACGCUGAAAUCACCUAACUGGAUUGAAAUAGUACGAUCAGAAGUUAACUUAUGUACGAAUAACACCAUUCCCUUAUUUGGCGAGGUGUCCGCAGAAAGACCGCUUCGAUCCGCUCCGCCAACACCACGACGGCAGCAACCGAGCAGGCCUCCAGCACCAUCUCCCACACCUCUAAUCCCCUCUAGAGCACCGGCACCGAGUCCCGCAAGGCCCCCGCGACCUGCUCCCAUAACUCCCGAGCCAAUUGUUGCUCAAGCAUCUCUGAGUUCCCCACCGGUCGAUACAGCACCUCCCCCAUCUUGCGCACCGCCGCCUCCGCCGCCGUCAAGUAGUACUCCACCGCCAACUGCACCCCCGCCCCCAGUUCCAGCCAGACAAGGUGCACCGCCACCUCUUCCUGCUCGCCCUCGCCCAGUGAUGUAG